AUGCCUUCGAACCAGACGACCAAGUCGGAUGCUUCCCGCAUCCAGUCCACCCAAGUUAGCACUUGCUAUAUGAGCUCUGGUGGCUUUGCUGCUCGAGCUCAAGCGGCUGCCGAUCGGAAUGCCAACGUUGCAUCAUCCAAAACCGGUUCCUCUUAUGGCCCGUCAUCGGGCGCUCAACAGAGUGGCCAGCAGUCCACGCCCGGAAAGAGAUGA